AUGCCUACCGUCCUAGGUCUCACCAACGAAAAGUCCCAUGCCUCUGGCCAGGUAUCGACGGACGUCAAGGCCAACGGCAGUGCCAGCGCCAAUGGCGGCUCCAAGAACAGCAGCGGCAAGCCGAAGGGCCGACUCAACACCAUCGCCAAGCGCAACCACGCGGCCGCCAUCGACAGCGAGACCCUGCUGUGGCGCGCGCUGACCGACGACCCGGAGGAGGCGCUCGAGUACCUCGCCGACGACUGCUCGAUGCUCAACCCCGUGUCGUUCAGCACGCACGACGUGAUCAAGGGCAAGAAGGAGAUUGAGAAGAAGCUCAAGGACAGCAUGCACUUCACCGGCUUCCGCAUCCACCCGGACAAGCAGGUCAUCGAGGUCGACCUGAUGGCCGUGGCCAUCAUGUACCGCGUCACGCUGUUCCAGCAGGGCGACAACGGCCAGGAGCAGAUCGAGUGCGUCGCCAGCUCCACUUGGAGACAGACGGCCGGCGCGGACUGGAUGCUCGUCGCCCAGCUCGUCGCUUAUGCAGACUAA